AACCAUCCCCAAGAUUACCAAUUUCUCCCUCAACACAAGAAUUGCUUACAAUUAACAGGGCUAUGGAUCAAAGCCAUGGGAGACGCAGAGAGCACCACCUCUAAGGAUAGCUUGCUGCUGCCGGUUGAGAGAGUCGAGAACGUGACAUGGAGAGAUCUGCGAGAUGGUUCAUUCACCGUAGAACUCAAGAGGCUUAUCUGCUUCGCCGCUCCUAUGGCUGCUGUUGUUAUCGCUCAGUUCAUGUUACAGAUCGUUUCUAUGAUGAUGGUUGGUCACCUCGGCAAUCUCUCCCUCGCUAGCGCCUCCCUCGCCUCCUCCUUCUGCAACGUCACUGGCUUCAGCUUCAUUAUAGGAAUGUCUUGUGCCUUGGAUACUUUGAGCGGUCAAGCUUAUGGAGCUAAGCUAUACCGGAAACUAGGAGUUCAGACUUACACAGCCAUGUUUUGUCUUGCAUUAGUGUGUCUCCCUCUUUCUCUCAUUUGGUUCAACAUGGAAAAGCUUCUUUUGAUCCUUGGCCAAGACCCUUCUAUUGCACACGAAGCCGGUAAAUAUGCCGCUUGGCUCAUCCCAGGACUGUUUGCUUACGCUGUUCUACAGCCCCUCACUCGCUACUUUCAAAACCAGAGUUUGAUCACACCUCUACUCAUCACUUCUUGUGUUGUGUUCUGUAUCCACGUUCCUGUCUGCUGGCUUUUGGUUUACAAUUCAGGGCUUGGUAAUCUUGGAGGAGCCUUGGCUAUCAGUUUAUCAAACUGGCUCUAUGCCAUUUUCCUUGGAUCUUUCAUGUACUACUCCUCUGCCUGUUCUGAGACACGCGCCCCGCUCUCCAUGGAGAUAUUCGACGGCAUUGGAGAGUUCUUCAAAUAUGCUCUUCCUUCUGCGGCUAUGAUUUGCCUCGAGUGGUGGUCAUACGAACUCAUAAUAUUACUCUCUGGUCUCUUACCCAACCCACAACUGGAGACUUCUGUGCUCUCUGUCUGUCUCCAAACAAUUUCGACAAUGUAUUCGAUACCACUAGCAAUCGCAGCUGCAGCAAGCACAAGAAUCUCAAAUGAGUUAGGUGCUGGAAACUCUCGAGCAGCACAUAUCGUGGUCUAUGCGGCAAUGUCUCUUGCAGUUAUGGAUGCAUUGAUAGUGAGUAUGUCUCUAUUAGUCGGCAGGAAUCUUUUCGGGCACAUUUUCAGCAGUGACAAGGAAACUAUCGACUAUGUUGCAAAGAUGGCUCCAUUAGUCUCUAUUUCUCUCAUGCUAGAUGCUUUACAAGGGGUUCUCUCAGGUAUUGCAAGGGGAUGCGGAUGGCAACAUAUAGGAGCUUACAUAAACUUAGGAGCUUUCUAUCUCUGGGGGAUACCCAUUGCUGCAUCUUUAGCCUUCUGGAUUCAUCUGAAAGGUGUUGGCCUUUGGAUCGGAAUCCAAGCCGGUGCCGUUCUGCAAACGCUUCUGCUUGCUCUUGUCACUGGCUGCACAAACUGGGAAAACCAGGCCAAUGAAGCGAGGAAGCGAAUGGAUUUGGCCUAUGGAACGUAAGGCGUUGCAGAACAGCACUUACCGAGUCAGAACUUCGCAUCUGAGGAUUAGAGGGACCAUAUGUUCCUCCGGUUUUACCCUGUUGUUAGCAGUCAAAUUGCUGUACUGUAUGUUACUUUUGGACUAGUGGUAGCCGCUAAUAAUACGGCAUGGUUAUCCAAAAAGAGCCUUUUCUGUGUUCUCAAUAACAAAGAAUAAUGAUUAGAUUCACUG